CAGACACACAUACACACACACACAGGGAGAGAGAGAGAGAGAGAGAGAGAGAGGACGGAGUGGGAGCACAGCAGCGUCUCUCUGAACAACCUCUAAAUCGUGUGAUGCAGCAGCGCUGAUGAUCCAACGCUCCAGAGGCAUCAUGGUUCCUGCUCUGAGGCCGCUGUUCCUGCUGUUGUGUCUGUCUUGUUGUCUUCUGACUUCGGCCGCAGAAGGAAAGUCUACAAAGAAAGGGAAGAAAGGAAAGCAGGUCGUCUGCCCAUCUCAGCUGUCUGCUGAAGAUCUGGCUCAGGUUCCAGAGAAUUCCACUUCCAACAUCCUGAACCGCCUGAUGGUCAGCUACGACCCUCGAAUACGACCCAACUUUCAGGGGAUCCCUGUGGAGUCCAAAGUGAACAUCUUUAUCAACAGCUUCGGAUCCAUCCAGGAGACCACAAUGGACUACAGGGUGAACAUCUUCCUCCGUCAGCGGUGGAACGACCCUCGUCUUCGUCUGCCCACAGACUAUAAGAGUGACUCUCUGACCAUCGACCCAAACAUGUUCCAGUGUUUGUGGAAACCCGACCUGUUCUUUGCCAACGAGAAGAGCGCCAACUUCCAUGACGUGACGCAAGACAACAUCCUGCUCUUCAUCUUCAGGAACGGAGAUGUGCUCAUCAGCAUGAGGUUGUCAGUGACCCUCUCAUGUCCGUUGGAUCUCACUCUCUUCCCGAUGGACACACAGCGGUGUAAGAUGCAGCUGGAGAGCUUCGGUUACACCACCAGUGAUCUGGUGUUCAUGUGGCAGUCUGAUCCCGUUCAGAUGGAAGAAAUUGCUCUGCCUCAGUUUGACAUCAAAAAAGAAGACAUCAUAUAUGGAAACUGCACAAAGUACUACCAGGGCACAGGUUAUUACACCUGUGUGGAGGUGAUCUUCACUCUGCGUCGGCAGGUCGGCUUCUACCUGAUGGGAGUGUAUGCUCCGACUCUUCUCAUCGUUGUUUUGUCCUGGUUGUCGUUCUGGAUCAAUCCAGACGCCUCGGCCGCUCGAGUGCCACUGGGUAUCCUGUCAGUCCUGUCUCUCUCCAGUGAGAGCAUGUUGUUAGCGUCAGAGCUACCAAAGGUUUCUUACGUGAAGGCCAUCGACAUCUGGCUCAUUGCCUGUUUGCUCUAUGGAUUUUCAUCUCUGGUUGAAUACGCUGUGGUACAGGUGAUGUUGAACAGUCCCAGACUGAUCGAAGAGGAAAAAGCUAAAAUGGCAGCCAAGGAGAAAGCUUUGAAAGAGAAAGAGGAAGGACAGAAAACUACAAAUAACAAAAGUAACAACACAGUGAAUGGAACAGGAGGAACACCUAUACAUGUAAACACCCUUCAGGUAGUAGAAACUCGCUGUAAGAAAGUCUGCACCUCCAAGUCAGACCUUCGCUCCAAUGACUUCAGCAUCGUGGGAUCUUUACCACGAGACUUUGAACUCUCUAAUUUUGACUGUUAUGGUAAACCAGUGGAAGUUUUGGGAGUGCUGAAGUCCCAGAGCAAAACCAACAAGAAACCCCCCCCACCCAAGCCAGUCAUACCUGCUGCUGCUAAACGCGUUGACCUGUAUGCACGAGCCCUGUUCCCCUUCUCCUUCUUAUUCUUCAAUGUGGUCUACUGGUCCGUCUACCUGUGACAGAGCAACACAUGGACCGCAAUCUCUCAACGCAACAUCAGAAACUUUACUCCAAUAAAAACUAAGAUAUUCAACCUUCAGAGUCUGCAGAGAGAACCUAGGACCCUUUGGAACGUCUCUUUAAUUCUGCAUGUGUGUUUCUGUCUGAUACAGACCAUUAAGCUUCAUGUUAAUCCAAAACCUGCGCUUUGCAUUAGAAAUAAACGCUUUGACUGCAGCUAACCUUACUGCUAACACUUCAUGAUCUAAGUAUAGCACUCCAAAUACCCCCCCCCCAUCUCGUAUAAUAAAGCCUUAAAUAAUUAAUAUAAAUACAUAUAUGAAGAUAUAGUAAAUAAUAUAUACCUCUGUUUUUCUGCUCACAUAUUUUACAGAAAGAGUUUAAUUUAUA